AUGGCUGAAAAUGAGAAGGUUAGCUUGCAAGCUCAAGCUCCAAAGGUUCCAACAAGCAAACAACCCAUCACAAUAGUGGAGGAUGCAUUUGAAGAGCAAGUUAGGACUUCGAAGAAAACAAGGAAGGCUCAACCAACGGCACUUUUUCAAGAAUGCACGCAUAAUGGAAAUGGGACAAUGUUUAAAGUUGAAAAGAACUCUAAAACUAGGAAUCAAAGGACUGCUGAACCUGAUGCAAUGGAUCAAAAUGAUAUAAAUUCUGAUGAUGACGAAGAAGAUACAAGCGAGAUGAGUGCAACUUCAAAUAAAAAAGGAAUGAGUCUUGACAUGUAUUUUAAGGUACAUGGGAUAAAUUUGGAAGAUGAAGAAGAUGAGGAAGAUGAAGAAAAUGAGCUUGAUGAUAAUGCAAAUGAUGCGGGUAGUGGAGGACAAACUAGUAAUGAAGAUUUUAAUGAUCGACGGGAGGUGGAAUUUUUUCAAGGGCAGCCUGUAGGUCCAACCAACGAGGUUGUAUCUGACCUCAACCAACUAUUGGGCACAACAGUUAAAAACCCUCGUUUUGUGACUUUGUUAUAUACUAGUUGGCAUGGUGUGCCUAGUAAACUCAAAGAGGAAAUGUGGGAUUAUGCCAAUCAAAAGUUCAUUCUUCCCAUAAGUUCAAAGCCGUGGGUAAUGCGGAGAUUUUGUGGUGCAUGGAAAAAAUAUAAGAGAGAAAUAAAAAAAGAGCAUUUCGUGAAGUACAAGACAAAGAAAGAAAUGAUAAAGAACCGGCCAUUAGAGAUUCCCGAGGUUCAAUUUCGCAAACUAAUUCGGUAUUGGAGUCUUCCGGCCAUCAAGGCUAUCUCUGCUAAGAAUACUGAAAAUAGGUUAAAACAAACAUGUCCUCACCGAAUGGGAUCCACAAAUUUUGGAAUAGUGCGUAAGCAGCUGCGUGACUCUAAAGAGAACAGUGAAGAACCAUCAAGGGCUGAAGUUUUCAUAGCAACUCGCACAAGUAAAAAAGGAAAAGAAAUUGAUGCUAAAACACAAGCCACAAUUACUGAACUUCAGAACCACUUAGAAGCAGGAGAAAAUGAAGAGGAUACAUUUGUAGGAGUGUUAGGAAAGGACCAACCAGGUCGACUUCGUUGUUAUGGGGCUUCGAUUACAAGAAGCUCUCUUAAAAAAGAUGAGGAGAUUCGCCACAUAAAAGUUGAAUAUAACACUAAGGUCUCAUCAUUAGAGAAGAAGAUGGAUGGUGUAUGUGGUUUAUUAAUGAUAUUGGUGCACCAACUCAACCCUGGAAUGAGCAAUGAAGAGGUAACAGCCUUAGUUCAAGCUGCCCAAGAUUCUCCUGUGGAUACCUCAAGUAGCAAAGCAAAAAAUACUCCUCGCUCCUCCGAAGCAACUCACAUUCCAUACAAAGAUGAUGUAGGUAAAAUUGUGGCAUGA